AUGCCAAAAAAUAAAGGUAAAGGAGGAAAAAAUAGAAGAAGGGGAAAAAAUGAUAAUGAAGGAGAAAAAAGAGAAUUAUUAUACAAAGAAGAAGGACAAGAAUAUGCUCAGGUUUUAAGAAUGUUAGGAAAUGGAAGAUUAGAAGCUCAUUGUUUUGAUGGAGUAAAAAGAUUAUGUCACAUUAGGAAAAGAGUAUGGAUUAAUUCAGGAGAUAUAAUUUUGGUAUCCUUGAGAGAUUAUCAAGAUAGUAAAGCAGAUGUUAUAGCAAAAUAUACUCCAGAUGAAGCAAGGAGUUUAAAAACUCAUGGAGAAUUACCAGAAACAGCCAAAAUUAAUGAAACAGAUAUUUUUGAUGAUGAUGGACAAAAUGGAGUAGAAUUUUUGGAUGAUGAAACUGAUGAAGAAGCACAAGAAGAUUCUCAUAAUGCCAGGAAAUUAGAUAUAGAAGAUAUAUAA